GCGCAAUUCACAGCGGCAUUCAUACUAGCUAUUCGUCCUUGACCUGCUCGGUCAUCAGCUUCUAAAGGCGCUCAGCUUAUAUACAUAGCAUUCUCCCGGCGGCCCACAGCAUCUCUCACUCCUUCCUUGCCAACCCACCUUGGCUUGCGCCAUCCUCGACAUCUACAGCCAUCCCUCUGGCAUCCCCUCCAUCUCUUUGCAAGUAUUUGUGUCAUUGACACAAUUCGUGCGCACGAAUGGCAACAGAAGAUCGGAUAUAUCAUGUCAGGAUAACCAUUCGUGCAGCCAAUGCACUAACGCGCCGUGAACUGUUUGGGAUGCCUGACCCCUUCGCCGUGGUCUCCGUCGACAGCUCCCAAACGUACACCACCCAGACAGUGAAGAAGUCGCUCAACCCGUCGUGGAAUCAGCCUUUUGAUGUUGCCAUUCGAGCCUCGUCCACCAUCACGAUCCAAGUGUUCAACCAAAAACGUUUCCGACAACGAGAUCAGGGGUUUCUGGGUCUCAUCCGGCUCUCCGGUUCUGAAGCGUUACAGCAUGCGUCUCAAGACAACGGACUCAUCAGUCAGGAUUUAGAACAGUUAACGAGCAGGGCUCUCGCUGGGGGGAAAUUACUCUUCACCUUCUCCCACCCUCCAGUAACGACCGUACCUCAAGCAUUGAGAGAGGCUAUGGAUAAUACAUUACCAGCUCUUCGCAUACCUACGCCGUCUCCGUCCUCACCCUCUCCUCAACCACGGCUCCGUUCCAGCCACAGCAUGAACUCUCUUCGACCAGAUCUCCGAACACACAGCCCUCUCCCACGCAUAUCAUCGCAGAGUACAAUGCGACCAAGCCCACCCCCAUCCUCUGCUAGUGUGCACCCUUCGAGUUCUUCACACGGCCGCUCAGCGUCCGCCUCCGCUCACUCAUCCUCGUUGGGGCUCGAGUCCUCAUUUCCUCGCCCACCGACCCACCCGGCUUCAUCCGCGCCACGAAACACAUCUGACCAUGUUCCAAGACACGGGCGCCAGUCCAACAACGCCAUGCAUACGUCCGAUGAGCUUGGCCCACUCCCUGCGGGCUGGGAGCGCCGCUUUGACCAGCGUGGCCGUUCAUAUUAUGUAAAUCAUAACACCAGAACUACGACAUGGAGCCGUCCGCAGCUUGAUGUGGCCGGCGCUCCGCCCCAGUCGCCACAACGCUCAGCACCUCCCCCAGGUAGUUUCUUACAGCUCGGCCCCCCCACCUCGAACAACCCGGGCAACUACACCGACAUCCCACUUCCACAAGGAUGGGAGGAGCGCCGGGCGUCCGAUGGCCGCCCUUACUUUGUCGAUCACUACAGUCGUGCAACAACGUGGACAGACCCCCGCUCAACGCAAGCAUCUCAAGCACAGGCGUCCCAGCAGGCGCUCUCGAGCCAUGCCAACCUUGGCCCGCUACCUUCUGGCUGGGAGAUGCGACUCACUUCUACAGGUCGUGUAUACUUUGUGGAUCAUAACACACGCACGACGACGUGGGACGAUCCUCGCCUGCCUUCGAACGUGGAGGAAGAUGCGCCUAGAUACAAGCGCGAUUACCGUCGCAAGGUCAUCUACUUCCGUAGUCAGCAGGCAAUGCGCGUGCGCGAUGGCAAGGCCGAGAUGCGUCUUCGCAGGAACCACAUCCUCGAGGACAGUUUCGCGGCUACCAUGCGUAUGAGCGGAAACGACCUCAAGAAGCGUCUUGUGAUCCGCUUUGAGGGCGAGGAUGGGCUGGACUAUGGCGGUGUUUCGAGAGAGUGGUUCUUCUUGAUCUCGCAUGAGGUAUUUGACCCUGCGUAUGGGUUAUUUGAGUAUUCGGCGCACGACAACUACACCCUGCAAAUCAACUGGGCAUCGUCCAUCAACCCGGAACAUAUUACUUAUUUCAAGUUCAUCGGCAGGUGUCUUGGGUUGGCGAUAUUCCACAAGCGCUUCUUGGACGCAUACUUCGUCCCCAGCUUCUAUAAGUCAAUACUAGGCAAGAGAACCACGUUGGCGGAUCUAGAAGGUGUGGAUGCGGAACUGCAUAGAGGCAUGACAUGGAUGCUGGAAAACGAUAUCACUGACGUCCUUGACGAGACUUUCACGGUCACUGAGAGCCGCUUCGGUGAGAUGGUCGAGGUAGAGCUGAUGCCCGGCGGCGCAGAUGUCCCCGUGACAGAAAACAACAAAGCCGAGUAUGUCGAGGCGGUGAUCGAGUACCGCACGAAGACACGUAUACAAGAGCAGUUCACGGCCUUCAUGGAAGGCUUCCGCGAGAUCAUACCCGGAGAACUUCUUAAUGUCUUUGACGAACGCGAACUGGAGCUUCUUAUCGGUGGCAUGUCGGACAUCGACGUGGACGACUGGAACCGUUACACAGAUUACCGCGGCUACCAGAAGGACGAUCAAGUCAUUGAGUGGUUCUGGCAGUGCAUACGUAGCUGGCCAUCGGAACGCAAGUCGCGUUUGCUGCAGUUUGCGACAGGCACGUCGCGCGUGCCUGUGAACGGCUUCAAAGACCUCCAGGGAUCAGAUGGCCCGCGUCGGUUCACGAUCGACAAGUCUGGUGACCCCUCUCAGCUUCCGCGGAGCCAUACGUGUUUCAACAGGAUUGAACUUCCUCCUUAUGAGGAUUACGAAAGUUUGGAACGAAAGCUCAUGUUCGCUAUUGACGAAACCGAAGGUUUCGGUGUGGAGUAAAGUCGCAACUUCUUAAGGUCCCUAACGGCCGGUUCACGCACCUUGAACGCCUUUACGCCGCAUCACGCCCAUGUAUCGUUAUUCCCAUUUCGCUAUCCAUCGACCUACAUUCUUGUUUGUCUCCCUCUUUGCAUUGUUUUCUCCUUCGGAAGGCAGGAUCCGCUCGAAGCGGUGUUCUUACACGUAGUAUCUGAUACUUGCACUAAUUUGUAGACUCGUUUUGUAUCUAUCUACUGUUUGAUUAUGACCACGUUCUCCAUUUCUGACUCC